AUGGCCGAGGAUGUGUGCUGCAACGGGUGCGGCGUGCGCCGCAAACAGGACGCAUGCGACCUGAUCCACGGUGGCUACUGGCCCAUGACCCCCAAACAGCCCACGACGUAUCUUUGCGUGCGCAUGAUGGAGGCUUGGGGUGCGUGGGAGACGACCGCUCCUCAGCUUGCAGCUGGCGCCUUUCCACGCGGCAUCAACGGGCUGUCGAAGCGGUUUGGCGGCGACGGCAGCUUGAAGGACGAGGUGGUCAAAUCCACAUGGUUUCGCGAGGCGCUCAGCCAGUGGCGCCGCGCACAGCAGGACAUCAGCUACCACAUUCAGGACAUCGACGAUGCCCAGUGCCGGGCAUGUGGCCAGCGGCCUCACUCGGUACACGUGAAUGGCAACAUGAAGCUGGGCACCAACGAGCUUAAGCGCCAGCCGGGAAACUGGCUGCCCAUCAUCAGCGGUGACCGGGAAUACGCCAACACGCCUGCGGUACUGCAGCACCUGCAGUGGCUGGACCUGGCCCUGGGGAAGGACGCGGCGGACCGCCGCUGCAGGGGCCUGUGGGCGGCAGCGGGUGACAGCAUGGCCAACCCUGGCGGCCAUUUUGUCACGGGGUGUGUUUACGGCGAGCGGUAUGGUUACAUCCACUACCUGCUGCUGCACAAGCUGUGGCCCAGCGGCGUGGACUUUGUGUUCUGGGACAUCGCCUGCAAGGGCAAGCCGUGCGCUGACCAGGCCAACCGCAUCCUACACGGCCCCCUGUGGACGUUGGGUGCUGGGGCGGGCACGGGCGAGGACGGCGAGCACUACUUUGCCAUGGAGUCCCGCCGUAAGCAGGUCGUCAACAGCGUGACAGCGGAGAGCAGCACAGACCUGCUGCAGCAGACGCUCUUUGUGCACAACCGAGGACACAACGAGCACAUGGCCGAGGACCUGAGGAAGAGACCCAUCAAGCAGCGCCUAGGCAACAUGGCGUCCGAUGCAGGUGAGGAUACGGUCAUCGCGCCCGUGGCCGACGCAGUCAAGGCAGCAGCGCAACGAAUCCAAGAGCGGGGGGACCACAAGGGGAUGAGCACAGUCGCCGAGUUCGCUAAGACGCACUACGAGCUGCAGACCGCGCAAGCUGCCCGCAACUUCCAGCUGGUGACGUGCGCUCCCUCGGACGGUAGCAACGCCCUGCAGCACAUGACCCCUGAGGCGGCUGCCGCCCUCUGUGGCCAGGAUGUGGCGGAAGUCAUGGCUGUCAUGCAGCGUGCGGCUGAUUCUGUCGAGGGCCUCCAGCGGCGGCAUACAGACCUUUCUGCCAAGCUGCACGCCAAUGGCUUGUGGCGAUUGGAACCCAGCGGGGCUGAGGGUCACCUGGGGGACGGCGUGCGGGAGCUGAUUGACCGCCACGUCAUCAUGCAGCAGCAGGAGAUCGAGGGGUGGUCCUGA